UCGGGUGUAUAAAUGCAGCGGCGGACCCGACGGGCUGCAGCAGCUCAGCAAGCCUCCCGCCGUCAGGAUGUCUGUUCUCGCUUUGUGCAUCUGCCUCGUCGCCGCAGCCGUCACCACGGCAACGGCCGGCCAGCGGCUGACCUGCCGACGGGAGAUACCUGAAGAGCUGAUCCGGGAGCUGUGGAACCAGACGGGCGUCCUGAUCGACAGGCUGCCGGAGGAGGAGAGGUUUUCCCGCCGGACGAGACUUUUGCCAAAGUUCUGCACCAAAUGUCCUGAGCGUUUGAUUGGCUGGUUGGAGCUGCAGGAAAUGACUGACAUCUACCAGAGGAGCGUGUUCAGCACAGCGGCGAUCAAGAAGCUUCUCCCCCAGCAUUACGACGAGCUGCUGUACCGGCUGCACCACACGCUGCAGCACUGCGUUUCUUCCACAGAGCGUUCAAAAUAUAUGAAAGCUCUGAAGAAAAUGGAGAGAAAAAUAAAAAAGAAAAGAGAGGAAGGAGCGAUGAAGGCGAUCAGAGAGUUCAGCUUCAUCCUCAGAUGGAUUGAUGAGCUGAUAUGAGAACCAUCUUCCUCAUCCUCAGUAUAAACAACCUCAUCAUCAUCAUCAUCAGCAGCACGUUAAACCUCAUUAUUAUGAGUAUUUUUUCACCGUUACCUCCAGCUUCAUUGUUUCCAUCUGGUUUUACUGUGAAAAAAUUUAUUUUAUCUGAAUUUAAAAUUUGAUGUUGAUACAA